AUGACAUACGAUACAUAACAUACAGUCAUAUAUAAUUCAUGUUAGAGGAACAGGGGCCUUUUGAGGUAUGGUUCAUGUCAGUCUAUAGGCCACUGUGUUGAUCUUGCAUCCCAAUGUGCUAGGCUGUGCACUUUAGGCAUAAUGGUGGUAUGGUAUUUAAUCAAGCCUAAAGCAUUGGCAAACUGACUCCUGAUGAGGAACAGAACAGGGACCUUUUGAGGUAUGGCUCAUGUCAAUCUAUAGGCCACUGUGUUGAUCUUGCAUCCCAAUGUGCUAGGCUGUGCACUUUAGGCAUAAUGGUGGUGGUAUGGUAUUUAAUCAAGCCUAAAGCAUUGGCGAACUUACUCCUGAUGAGGAGAAGAUACAUCAUAAUGUUAUCAAAAUGGUCACAUUUUCUCACCCUUUCUCAACUUCAUAGUUGCAAAAUCUGUCAUCUGCAUCAUGGCUGCCUUAGUGAAAUGUGUUCAUCUGCUGUGUAGCCCCAUGGGUAGGCCUACUAUAAAUAGCACAUGUAAAGUUAGCGAACCAAUAGCGCCUCAAGUAGAAGUGAGCACGAUUUAAACGGGCGCUGCGUUCAUUGUCAGAUUGAAUUGUAGGCAAACUUAAGUUUUUAAAUAUUUUACAUGCUUGAUCACUGGGAGGCUGCAGACCCUGCAGUGGGCGUGACAGGACUGGUGUGACUCAGUAGCCCAUUGGCGCAGUAUGGAUUCCCCCGUGCGUAUUCCAUACGUGUUGCAACCAGUGAAUCUACGUAUAUACAGUAUGAAUAUUUUUGCCGUUAUGAUGACUAAUGUACACACAGCUGAACAACAGAUGAAAUGAGUCGAGUGGAUAAUAUUACAUUAGGAGGAGCUACCUGUUGUGCAAUUCUGCAUAUUCGCCAUCUCUCAUCAGGUGAUAGUUGGAAUGGGCACUGUCUGGGAUUCAGAGGAAGAAGCAAAAGAACCUUCCAAAGUCAGUUCGAGUUCCUGGUUGGAUGGUCGGAGUUAGGCGGGGUUUCCCUGGACCCUGGCAGUGAAAUUGGUCUUUUUUGUAUUAAUUAAUUGACGUCCUGGCUAUUGGCGGUAUUAUCAAGUGUAGUUUUAACCGAGCAAGAGGACUAAUGGACACUGCAUGUUAGAAGACGCAGAGAGCGAACAUGCAGCCAAGACCACACCGAAUCCCGGGCAGCGUGACAUCAGAGCAGCAGACUGGGGAGAGGAGAGCUCUAUCUCUUUGAGGAGCGCAUCCCCAGAAGUGGAGUAUAGGAUGGAACAUGGUACACAGGUCAUAGUUUGGAAUAACGGACAGAGUGCCUUCUGUGUUUCAUCUAAGGCGCCGUACUGGACUUGACGAGAGAAGAGACGAGAGAGAGAGUUGAGGAGGUGGAGGGGGGACCAGAAGUAUUGCAGAAUGUUUAUGAACUUUAGAAGGAUCAGAAAAUGUCAGUGUCUGCAACUCAUCUCCAUGUGCUUUGCCCUGUCUGUGCUGAUGGUGUGCUGGGAGCAGCUGGACCACCAUGUGGUGCGACACAUGAAGUCCUACUCGUACCGCUACCUGGUCAACAGCUACGACUUCAUCAACAAGAGUUUCAGCGUUAGUCCUGAGGAGGCGGAGAGCUUCUGCCGGUACCCGUACCUGCUCGACCACCCGGGGAAGUGCCACGGCAAGGACGUGCUGCUGCUGCUCUUCGUCAAGUCCUCGCCAGAGAACGUGGAGAGGCGGCAGGCCAUCCGUUCCACAUGGGGAAACGAGACCUACAUUCAGGAGGAGCUGGGCGUAACCGUGAGGGUGGUGUUUGCCUUAGGGGUCCUUCCAGACCCCCUACGAAGGCACAGUAUUCAGCAGAAGCUCCGGAGGGAAGACAUGAUCUAUCACGACCUCGUGCAGCAGGACUUCAUGGACACGUUUCAUAACCUGACAAUCAAGCUCCUGCAGCAGUUCCGCUGGGCGCACGCCCACUGUGCCCACGCGGGCUUCCUCAUGUCGGCGGACGAUGACAUCUUCAUCCACAUGCCCAACCUGGUGCACUACCUGCGCGGCCUAAAGGCGGAGGGCGUGCGGGACUUCUGGGCCGGCCACGUUCACCGUGGCGCCCCACCCAUCCGCCGGAAGGACAGCAAGUACUACAUGCCGUACGAGAUGUACCAGUGGCACUCCUACCCCGACUACACCGCGGGGGCCGGCUAUGUGGUGUCCGGCGAUGUGGCCGCCAAAAUCUACCAGGCCUCGCUGAUGCUGAACGCGUCGCUCUACAUCGACGACGUGUUCAUGGGAAUUUGUGCCAAAGCCAUGGGGGUGUCCCCCCAGGAGCACUUGUACUUUUCGGGGGAGGGCAAGGCCCCCUACCACCCCUGCAUUUAUGAGAAGAUGAUCACCUCGCACGGGCACGUGGCUGACGUACGGCAUCUGUGGCGCAUGGCCACCGACCCAAAGAUCAAACACAUUUCCUCGGGGCUGAUGGGAAAACUGUACUGCACUGCAGUCAAAGUCAUGCUCCUCUGUAAACCUUACUAUGUGAAUACCUACGCUUGUAAGGCGGCUUUCUCGUAGUGUAGUUUGGGGGGGAGGGGGUUUAAUAUAGUCUUUUAAUGUGUUAUUUUAAUUGUCAUGCGUGCGCACACACACACACACACACACACACACACACUCCUUUCCAGCUCAUUUCCCAACAAAUCAGAGGCUAAAGCCAUGUACUCAAGUAUGUGUUCACCCUUGGCGCCUGUCUGGUGUUAUGGAAACUUACUAAGUUGGACCUUGGACCAGGUAAUUUGAUAUCCUCUGUAGUUGGGGCUUUGAUGAAAAACCCUCUUAUUGGUGUGAUGACUGAAGUCCUCAAAAGGGAAGUCAUUUUUUUGAGACGUACCUCAUUAGAUUUGUUGUAUCUUUCAGGUUUUUGUGCCAUCGCUAUCAUUAAAAACAGAUUGAUGGUAAUAAUCUGUGCCGUAGUAAUAUUGUAUCCCUGCAGUAGCACACACACGCUGCUACCCUUUACCCCACAUUCUCCUCUCUUUCUCUCCUGAACGUUAAGUCCAAAACCAGCAGCAGACGUUUCCUGCCACUGGCAUUUUCCAAGACAUCACACAAUUCCGUAGAACCCACAUCCUGCUCCCUAAAUAAUUCCACAUGGACACUGUAAGGAGUUGGCUGUGUCACUGCCUUUACCCUCUUCUUGUGGCUGCAGCUAAAAAGCCUGGCAUAUGUUAGGCCCAAAUUCAAACUGGCAUUUGUUUACUCAAAAAUAGAAUUGGUCUUCAUUACCCACAUGCAAAAAAGGGCCUGUUACGGCACUUAAAAUUUGCAUUGUGUAUAUCUAUUGCAUAAAUGUGGUUUGUCUCCUGUGGCUCUAAACCUCCUGCUGUUUUGUCCAAAGAUUACCAGCAUUUAUGGUUGAUAGACUAGAAUCAGAAGAUAGAAUACAUUCUAAAAGGAAGCUUCUCUCUUUACAGAAUUAUUUUUUCUACAGUGUGCAAAGGUAUGGUUGACCAUAGGCCAUAAAUAUUAGUGAAUUAUUACUAGUUGUUGUUCCAAAUGGCACCUCAUGACCUUUUCUCCCUUUUGCAUUUGCUGAUGACGGCAGCUCUGCCAUAUGACUGCACAGUACUGCAUGAGCACAUGUUGAAAACUCUUAAAUGAGUCACUUGGUCUUGGGAGACAAAAAAAUGAAACCUAUGUGAGUCAUUUGCAUUGUUCUAAAAUGUGUGAACGGUGAGGAAAAAAAUAGUCAAAACUGUGCUGGAGAUGGUAGAUGGUUCAAAUAUUCCCCAAACAAACCUCUUGAACCAUUGCUGCUGUGUAAAAAUCUAUGUCCUUCACAGGAGCCUAGAAUUUCACAUAAGUCUUAUUUCUCCAUAUUGUUUGUUGCUUAUCUAGAGAUGUCUAUCCAUUUUCGACUGAAUUGCUAACCACUGGAUAUUAACAAGGCAUCGAAGCAAGGCACACGAACACCACAGGUUCACUCCACAUCUUUUUCCUGACUGGUGCUGGCAUCCAGCCAAAGACUCAAAGCAACUAACCCCUCGCUUUACCCACCAGCAGCAUAACAAUUCUAGGGGGGGGGGGUCCUGUGCAUUUGUGAACUACACAACUUAAAGUAUGUAAUGCCAAGACUGAAAAUUAUAUUCAACUGCUGUUGUUAGAAUUCAAGUGAGUUCACUGAAGGUCAUCAUACAUGUAUGCAAUAUUCUGGUGCUAACUGAAAGCUUAAUGCCCUUUUCACCUACAAUUUCCCUUUCUGUAAUUUCUCUUUUGCAGAGUAGUUUAUUUUUGAAUAUAUAGCAAGGGGAUGCACCAAACUCACAUUUCAAGAAGUCAAAACAGUUUCUUCUCCAUAGAUAAGUAAUGUUUUGAAUAAGUAAUGGUAAUAAUAUUAUGAUUUCUUGUGUAGGUCAGGCGUGCAUUUCUCAACAACAUCAUUGCUUACUAAGUUAACAACUUGGUUGAAAUGCAAUUUCCCCAUUGGAAACCUAGUAAGUUGCUAACUGGUUAGCAACUAUGCUUUGGAGAAACGGGGGUCCAGAGCUCUAGAAAUUGCACCCAACAGGCUAUGACUUUCAAUAUUGCCACUAUGUCAGUGGUUGCAUUCUACAUCGGUGCCAGUGCAUUCCAGACAAAAUAUAAUGUAAACAAUGGGCUGUACAGUACAUCUACCUAUACUGUGUAUAUGCAUGUAUAGUAUUUUGUCAUUUUGGCAAUUUGUUGUGUUAUCAAUCCUGUGGACAGACAUUAAGUA